AUGGAGGUCGUGAAUGGUACUGGCGCCGCGCAGGCUGCAGCUGCGACAGCAGCGGCGGACGCGACAACGCCUAACAACGGCAGUGAGUCUGGGACUGGAGACUUCAAGCUCAAGUUCUGCACAGUCUGUGCCAGCAACCAGAAUAGAUCAAUGGUUUCCCACCUUCGACUUGCAAACGCAAACUACCCCGUCAUCUCCUUCGGCACCGGGUCCCUCGUCCGUCUGCCUGGUCCCUCGAUUACGCAGCCCAAUGUCUACCACUUCAACAAGACAUCAUACGACUCAAUCUUCAAGGAGCUCGAGUCGAAGGACCCGCGGCUCUACCGCGCCAAUGGCGUCCUCAAUAUGGUCGACCGCAACCGUCAUGUGAAAUGGGGCCCCGAGCGCUGGCAGGACUGGCAGAUUGGCAUGCCACGCCUCAACCACACCGAAGACCGCGGCAGCGUCGGCGUCGAGGGCGGUGUUGUUGACAUCGUCGUCACCUGCGAGGAGCGCUGCUGGGAUGCCGUCAUCGACGACCUCAUGAACCGCGGCGCGCCCCUAAACCGCCCCGUCCACGUCAUCAACGUCGACAUCAAGGAUAACCACGAGGAGGCCAGCGUCGGAGGGCGCGCCAUUCUCGACCUCGCAAACUCCCUGAACACCGCCGCCGUUGAGGAGCGCGAGGCCGUUGGCGCCGCCGCGUUCGACAGCGGCAGCGCUUCUAGCCGUGCGAGCUUCGACGAGAGGGUUCCGGAUAUCCUGGCCGCGUGGCAGGAUCGGUGGCCGCAUCUGCCGGCUGUUUGGACAUUGGCUUGGUUUUGA